GGUAUACGUAAAGUUUUCAAAUGGAGACGAAACUUUUAGGUAACUUGUCAAGAGUGUGAGUCCUUGUCUUUUCGUCGUUUAUAUAAUUUAGGUAAGACGUACUUUUCAUGUCUCAGAAGUUGCAAUAUGUAAGUUUUACUAGCUGAAACAACAAUAAAUUCUUGGAUGAGUUCAGCAUCGUGUAUACAUGAUCACUCAUUAAAUAUAAAGUGAAAUUAACUUCUGUAUACUCACCUUAUAAUUCAGUCAUGCACAUCUCUAGGUAUACCCUUUACCCAAUCUCCUUAUUUUGGGGAAACCUUUUACCAAUUUGGGUAAAUUUGGGGGUACGCUGUAGAAAAUUUGGAAAUUUUUUUGGGGGGGAGGUAGUACAAAACCCCCAGGAUCUCCCCAAAACUUUGGGAUUUUUCCCCAGACCUGGGGAAAUUUCGGGUUUUCUCCAAUAUUUCCACAGAAACUUGUAACACUGGGUUUUUUCCCAUGACAUUUUACUGGUCAAAGUAACAGAACUCUCUUCAGUUUAUGAUAGCUUACAUAAUUUCUAAUGCUUUGAAAAAAUAUUUCUCAGUAAUUUUACUGAGGCUCCAGAUUUCCCCCUCUUCAAUAUAAGUGUGGGUGUUCAUAAAACAUUUAGCAAGUCAUUUAAAUAGUUGGCUUGAUCUUGUCUUAUGUAUUGGAUUGACAAUUACAUCCUUCCAGUUCGUAUGUAACUCACAUUGACCUAGUGAUAUAUUCGAUAUCGUAGUCAGUGAGGCAGCAAUACAUUGCGCGAUGUCUCAAGAUCUUACGGUGUAGUUCGUCCGGUCUUGUUGACCUUUCCGUGUCGAAAAUGCUGAGGGCCGUUUCGAUGGAAGUCUGCAGUAAGCAGACAAUUUUUUGACCUUAUAUUUUAGUCUAGUUUUUCGUUUAGAAGAGGCUCCUGAGAGAAGACUGUCCCGAAAUAGUUUACUAUAGCCUCUAUCUUUUUCCGAUCAUACUCACUCUGUCGAGGUCCACGUCCUUCCUUAAUUAGGUCAGGAACCCUAUGCUGCGUCCUUAUUCCGUAGAAUUUUAUGUACGAGAAUAGUCUCUUAGGCUGCUUGGUUACAGGUUAGGCGAACUGUUUUUCAUAUUUUUACCGAGCUCUCCGGAUUGUAAUUUUACACUUAUUUUGUACCGACCUGUAGUGCUCCAUCGUAAUUGCUGUGCCAAGACUGGUGGAGAUGUUCCAACAUUUCUUCUUUUGUCUUAGUAAACGUCGAAUAUCCCGGCAUAUCCAGGGAUAGCCAUACUUCUUCUUUGGGACUAUCCAGUGUAUAAAUGGUUGGGUAACUUGAUUGUAUAACUACCGGAAAUGAGUCCAUGUUUGUUAUACUGUUGCUCCUGAGUCAACUAUCCAGUUUUCAGCCGAGGCUGAAGAGUUGAUCAUCUUCAUGUCUGCCUUUCAUAUGUUAGGACGGGCUGGUGAAACUGCUUGGCAGACCAUCUCAGUAAUGAACUUGAGUAAGAUGACCGCAAGAUCACUUUUCCCUAAAGGUAGGAGAAAAGUUAUUUGACUGAUCAUCGUAUGUGAAGAAUAAGUUCAAGAGUGAUGAAGAGUUUUGUAGGUCAUAUCUCGUGGGAUCUCUAAUGCUCUAGAAUAUAGCUAAGACUAUUGCGGUUUCUAACAAUUUAAGUUUGUUUAGGAGGAAGUCUGCGGUAUACUGCAACUAAUUCAACAUCAUGCCGUUUACAUUUUAGCCUACAGCGCACCAGUUUACAUGUACCUGAGUCGUAUGCCACUGCCUCGAUAGCUCAAAUGGUUAAGGUACUUUUUGUGUACGGAAUAACCCCACCAUCCCUACAGUUUAGUCUAUCAGUCCUACUAUCAUACGCUCCUGACAUUAAUCAUGUUUCUGAGAUGGCAAUGACAUCAUGGUUUGUGUAUCGAUCACUGUUUUGGGCUCCGCCAUUUCAUUAUGUAGGCUGCGAGCAUUUGUAUAGCACACCUUUAAUUCUGUGAAAAACUUUACGUUACCAUCCAUAGUAGUUUUCGGAUCUUUUUGCUUCGAACUUUUGCAAUUUGAGAACCCUUAUGCAUAAGGUUUUUUCACCGUUCCGGUGGCGUUCAUUUCAACUUUUGCCGAUCGUCUCUUAAUUUGAUCAACCAGGCUGAAAUCCUCACGGACACUUAUUCCGGGUCCAGUCAGCUUGCGUGAAUUUUCCAGUAUUGGGUUUCAUUCUUCAGCAGAAGCAAAAGUAAGUUUUAAGAGGCGGCUUUUCUGGGUACUUUCAGAAUCCAUUUUUCGUCUUAUUCUGUAUAGCUCAUGGAUAUUAACUCAUGCUACUGUUUCUGGAAGUAGUUUUCUUACUAAGGACUUAAUGUGGCUGAGUUCAUGUUCAAAUCUAGUCUUUGGUUGCUUUUAGGAAGAUCCUUAACUUAUGAAAAUGACUGACCUGUCAGUGAGGUACGUAUUAACAAGUUGUGGAGUUUUAUUUCCUGAAAUUUUCCCACUUCUGCAGUCCGGUCUGGCGUCAGAUGCGAAGGUCUAACUCUGUUUCCUUCCGUUUCCUUUUCUGGGUGUAACUAAGCCACUCAUUCGCCUAAUUAUGUCUGUUGAUCACAUCACCUACACCACUCAGUCUCUGUUCCUCUAUAGUCUGUUUUGCUUUGAUAUAUGAAUCUGGAGCUGAAACCGUCGACUCACAUAUCUUAGAGCUCUCUAUAAUUUGUUUCUUAGCAGCAUUAUUUUUUUCUUGUAACCAUUCCUACAUCUGUGUGUUUUUGUUAUCCGCUGCGUUAUUAGAGUCCACCUUGAAGGUUUCAUUUAAAUCCAUAGCUAGACCCAUGAUAACGCUCACUGCUUCCUUGAAAACUUUAUCUGAGGGCAUCCUUCUAGCUAUGUUUAGCAGCUCGAUCGCCUCAUGAAUUAGCAGAGACCAUGUAGAGCAGCGUGCUCUGCACAACCAACGUGAUGGUGACUUGCAACACCUUUUAUUUACAAUCGGUGUGAGUCCGGCGCACACGUUGAUACCAUUUGUUUCGGUUGCCACAUUGCCCCCAAAUGCCCUAGCAUGGCCGAGGGUAGGGAAAGUCAGUUCUCCCUCUCGACAUGCUCUCAUAUGGCCACGUGCAUAAAGCCACUGUCAAGGAAGUCCUAUCCACUGCCUUCUCGUGGCGGGGGUGCUGUUUACGAAAUUGAGAGUACGAAAAGCGAAUGUUCGGCGCUUUAACCGGGUUGGUAGACACGGAGACUCCACCUAGGGGAGUUGAAAAACCCUGGUUCUAAAGCAAUAGUGCACAUGGACUCCAGAAUCCUGAGGGGAAAAAACGUGUAUGAACCAAUUGUUGGUCACUGACUGCCAUAGGACCACAUCUCCUAAAGUUGCUCACUGCUUUGUGGAUUAGACCUUCAGGUCAAAUACUCAAGGUGUGACCUAAUAAAACUACCUACUUCAGUCUGGGCGCCCAGGCAGUAUUACGGUCCUCACACAAACCAAUGAUAACUGCUAUUGGCCUCAUUAUUAUUGUGUGGCGUAUAUGUAUUCGGUGCCUCCUUGUACCAGUGUUUAUGUGUUCAAAUAAGUAAAUAAAUAAAGUUGUCACACUGUAUUCCAUCCUUGACCGAGAAAAAGUAUGUGGGUCUACCACAAUGUUUUACUUACGUAAUUAAAAUUGUUUAGUGAUCUCACAGAGAGAACAACAGAAAAACUUAUCUAUAGGAUAAGUGUUUUUAAGGCUCUAAAGGUGAUAGAUGCUGAGCACAAAAUGCUGUGAUCUUUAUUUCACUGUGACUGAAAAAAGCUUGACUUAAAUAAAUACAAAAAGUUUUUACACUUUUAGAUACAAUCAAUACUAAAGGAUUUACUCAUCAAGGAAAAGUAUCACUGUCCUUUUGAAAUCCUGUUUAUCUCCAUUUACAAACCUCUAACAGCAUAAUCCUUUUUCAUCUUUCCACGUUACUGCUUUAUAUAACUUCGAACUACGAGACAUUUAAGUACGAGUGUUUUAGCCUUCCUCUGUCUACCUUUUCACUUUUCAUACCUCAAGACCAGCGAUCCAUUGCUACUGGAUCCGAAAGCUCGUUAAGUGAAGGCUUCUGUUUCAUCUACAAACAUGUUAACCCAGUAAAAAUGCUGCGAGUUCUCUAAAACUGCACUAUCGUCACCUCCAAAGAAGACAAUUAUUAGUCCUGAUGAAAAACUUGAGCUCAGUAGUGCUGAUUUAAACUAUACACUACACCUCACAGAAAACACGUUUAAUCAUGAAAUCAACUUUUUAAUUUAUUUUUUCGAAUAUUUUUCCAUGCUUCUAGUUGCCCGAUGAAUGUCAAAUAGGAUGGCAUUUCUUGAUCCCUACUUGUUAACCUUACUACCUUAUUUAAUUAAGUAUAACCUAGUUAAAUUCAUUUUAGACUGAAGAACCUCUUGAUGUUUAUAUGUAUAUUGGUCAUCUUUAUAUGUUUCCUCACAGGUCAUCCAACCCAAAAGUAACAGCAGUCCAAUGUAUUGAUUCAGAUGGCCUUUGUAUUGCCUCUCACGGGACUGUAAAUGAUCAAACUACAGGAGUUCUCAGUAGCAUAUACAAACAUGCAGCAGGUAUUGAAGAAAGCUCUGAACCGCCAGUGUUAGUAAUUGAGUUUGAGUCAAAAUCAAGUAUUUUGUGUGAAGCGUAUGGGAUUUUAACUGUUGUCCACAAGAAUCAGUGACACCGCACCAACAGUCACACGGUGACGACUGCCUUCGGAUUUCGGAGUCUUUCGAAGUAACACUGAUACCUUCAAAUAUAAAGCUGCUCAAUAAAAUCCCAGCUAUCAUCAUUGUAUAAAUUUCUUAAACAUGAUCAUUUACUCAUUAUGUCCAAGUUUACUAAAAAUAUAUCCUACACUGUUAA